AUGAGAGCUAUCUUCCAAGCUGCUGGGCUCCUUCGUUGUCCAACCGAAGUUCACUGCAUGAUCUUUCAGUUUCUCUCCGCCGAACAUUUCUAUGGUUUAUUCUGGGCAUGCAAGAUAUUGAAUAGGAUUGCGGAGCCGUUCCUGUACUCUGAGAUUCAAUUGAAUUGGAGGAAACAUUCGAGACCACCCCGAAUCAUUUCACUCAUCAAAAAUAUACUCUCGAGACCCCACCUAGCGGUUCGUGUAAAAGGUCUCACGCUCGGUAGAAGCGGUGGCGAAUCUCUGCGUAGCCUUGCCACAAUUCGUGACGUUAGACUCACCGUGGAUGAAACUGACCUCGAACAAUUGAUUGAGGUCAUCAAGACCUUCAACACUGAUUAUGAAGAUAUUUGGAUCAGCGAAUUGCGCAACAGGAAUAUGGACGCUUUCGUCGCCAUCUUACUGUGUAAACUCCCGAAUCUGAUAUACUUUCGAUUGAAUCCGAAUUUUUCGCAUGGUAGUGAAAUCGUUGGCUUGGUCCUCAGAUCGACUCUUUGCCAAGAUGGCAAUUGUGGAAUUGCGUCUUUUCAACGACUUCAGCAUGUGACCUUCAAACAGACAACCAUAGGUCGCUUUAGACGCAAAAAUCUGAACCCACAAGACGUCCUUCCGUUUUUAUCUUUUCCAAACAUUGUUUGUCUAUCGGCUGCAAUAGCUACUCCCAUAGAUUACUGGUGGCCUCUAAAUUCAAGGCCUGUCGCAUCAACCAUUACGUCGCUAGAUCUUGACAUGGUAAAGGCAGGUAUGCUUUAUGACAUCCUAAGUGUUACAACUAGACUCGAGACUCUACGCUGGAGAUGGCAUCAUUAUGGCAAUAGUGUAACUACGAUCCGAUACAACGUUAUCACUGAUGCAUUGUCGCUCGUUCGAGAUACCUUGACUGACCUCACUAUCUCCGCAGAAAAUGAAGUGGUUAAUGCGGAUUCUUAUUCCAUCGGAGUCGCAGGAUCAUUACAUGAACUCAUCAAUUUCAACUCUUUGAAAAGACUUGAGAUUAAUUUGGAAUUCAUGCUGGGAACUACCGCAAGCCCGAGUAAUCGACUUCGCUGUCGUCCUCCGUAUGGCCGGUCUUUAUAUUUUGAACGCAUUGUACCUAAGAAUAUUGAGGUUCUCACACUUACUGAUGAUAAAGAACUAGAAUGGAACAAUUGUGUUGAUUAUCAUAGGAUAGCCACGGCAAUUCAAUUUUGGUUGGGUGCUUGGAAAAUCUCAACACCUCAUCUUCGAAGCAUUCGUUUUCUACUGAUGUAUGACUAUCAGGAAUUUGACUCCACUCCCACCCGUGAUCUAUACAAACUUGAUCGUACUAUGCGACUCCAUCUCGACAGAUUAAGUGCGGUAACGGGGAUUGAAAUUGAAGUACGACGGGUAUAUAGAACAGAUCUUUGA